GAGCGAUCCUGGAUGGUGUGGUUCCGUGGAUCUAGAGGUUCUGGUGAGGAACACCUGCAGAUGACGUGGUUCUGAGUCUGUUUUUGGUUCCAGAACAUUUUCAAAUAUUCCUCCAGUUCUGGAGGAUCCGAUCCGCCACCAGGCUGCGCCACUGGGACCGGACCCACGAGCUCCCACGUUCGGUUCUGCUGCUGUUACGUCAGCAACCUGCAAGUGAACAGAUGAACUAACGGAGGACCGAACGAGCCGCUACCGGAGCUACCGGGAGGCAGUAGAGCCACAGAGCUAGUCCGCCCCGGAGGAACCGAAAACCGUCAGAACCGAGCGAUGCGAGCGCCGCGCACCACCGCCCAGUAACGCGCACGGAGACGGGAACGAGAUUUUACCGACAGACAGAAGGAAACGGAGACCGGAGGCUCCACCGUGUUGGCUUCUCUUUUCUCUCUGGACCGAACCGAACGGAUCGGUGAUUUAAAUGCUUUACCGGCGCUCAGCGGUCUGAGAGGGUGCGGCCCAGAACGAGUGCGAGGGUUCGGCAGCUCAGAAAGGAUCUGGAGUCCGGGUUUUCCUCCAACUCAUCCUCACGUCGCUGCGUUUUCUGCGCGGACCUCUUAAGUUCGGAACCGGUACCGUACGCCAUCAAGCUGUGUUCUCUAACCAUGGGAUGUACGCUGAGCGCAGAGGAGCGGGCGGCUCUGGACCGGAGCAAAGCCAUCGAGAAGAACCUGAAGGAGGACGGGCUGACCGCCGCCAAAGACGUCAAGCUGCUGCUGCUCGGGGCCGGAGAGUCAGGGAAAAGCACCAUCGUCAAACAGAUGAAGCGGACGCGAAGAUGGUGUGCGACGUGGUGAGUCGUAUGGAGGACACGGAGCCUUACUCCGCCGAGCUGCUGGGCGCCAUGAUGCGUCUGUGGGCCGACUCAGGGAUCCAGGAGUGUUUCAGCCGGGCCCGCGAGUACCAGCUGAACGACUCGGCGCAGUACUACCUAGACAGCCUAGAUCGGAUCGGUGCGGUGGACUACCAGCCCACAGAGCAGGACAUCCUCCGAACCCGAGUGAAGACCACAGGCAUCGUCGAGACACACUUUACCUUCAAAAACCUUCACUUCAGGCUGUUUGAUGUUGGAGGUCAAAGGUCGGAGAGGAAGAAAUGGAUCCACUGUUUUGAGGAUGUGACGGCCAUUAUUUUCUGUGUGGCGCUGAGUGGGUACGACCAGGUCCUUCAUGAGGACGAGACCACGAACCGGAUGCACGAGUCUCUAAAGCUCUUUGACUCCAUUUGCAACAACAACUGGUUUAAGGACACGGCCAUCAUCCUCUUCCUCAACAAGAAGGACCUGUUUGAAAAGAGGAUCAUCAAGUCUCCACUGACCAUCUGCUUCCCAGAAUACACCGGUUCUGAUACCUACCAGGAGGGCGUGGCCUACAUCAAGUCACAGUACGAGAGCAGGGACAAGUCGCCCAGCAAGGAGGUGUACGCCCACGUGACCUGCGCCACCGACACCAGCAACAUCCAGUUUGUCUUUGAUUCUGUCACCGAUGUGAUCAUAGCACACAACCUGCGGGGCUGCGGCUUCUACUGAUGCUGCUGAUCACCUGCCGGUUACCUGUGUGUGAGACCCAGGGCGAUGAUGUCAUUGUGAGCCUCUCAGUAGAGCUGUCCACCUCCACCUAAUGGCCAGCUUGGCUGAUUGGUUUGGAGGUCCUCUAAGGUUUUUGUUUUGAUGCUCCUGUGAGAGGCUGCAUUCCAUUUCCGCUGAAAACACACAGAUUCUGGUUUUGAGGCCCAAUACUGAUUUCUGAUUUCUGUCAACGGUGCAUUCAGGGACACGUCAGAUCAGCCAAAUAUGGGCCGAUCCCGCUCGCCAGCCAGGUGUUGUGAGUAUCCCUCACCUGGACCUGUCCAGGCUGCACUCUUUGGAGUUGAGUUUGAUCCUUGAGGGAUUUUCCAAAGGGAACGUUUUUGAGUUUCAAGGUCUCACAUGAGGCGGCAUUGGGGAGGAAGUUCCUUUAGAACGAAUAAGGCCUAGCAUCGAAGGUCCCUGCAUGUCGUGGAGGACAGAGACCUUCACCAGCAGGGCGGCGGAGACGCCGGGACUAAAACGAGGCGUCAAACCGCUUUUAUUACAUUUCUCCUUCCUGCUGCUCGGCGUCAAAUUUAAAAAGCAGCUCUGAUUAUAUGCUGGUGCCAACAUGCAGGCUAAGAUCCUCAUUCUGGACUCCUGAUAGGCGUGAGAGCAGCCAUGUUGUCUGGUUCAGAGACCGUGUCCAUGAGGACAAGACAGGAGACGGAGCUAGAUGUUCUCUUUGGGUGAUGAGGAUGGAUCAGGGAUAAGUCCAUCAGAGGGACAGCUCAUGUUAGAUUCAGCGAGGACAGACUGAGGUGGUUUGGACAUGUCCAGAGGAGAGACAAUGAUGACAUAAGUAGAAGGAUGCUGAGGCAGGGGGCUGAGAGGAAGACCAACAAGCUGAAAGAAGACAUGAAGUUAGUUGGUGUGAGGGUGGAGGACACAGGAAGCAGGGCUGAAUGGAGACAGGUGAUUGGCUCUGGAGACACCUGAAGGGACAAGCCCAAAGAGAAGAUGACUCCUAAUGGGAUAAAAAGAGUUAUUAUGCAACUUAAAGCAGAAAUCAGGAGUUGUUUUCCUCAAAGGUCACCACCUAGAGGCAGACAACUGUACUGCACCUUUAAGCCCCUCCCCAUGCUUCUGAUGCGGCAACGCCUCUCGCUCCUGAUCGUGCACCUCUACACGUAUUAUUCUCACCUUUUGAUGUUUUUCAUUCACGUUUAAAUGUAUUUAAGACUUCUCCGUGCCGCCGUCUCUGCAUCUGUUCUACAUUCCAGUGGAGCACGGGGAUCCUCCCAGCGCUGGUCCAACGUAAAGUCCGUUCUUUCAGGUGUUUUUGAGCUUUUCUUUACGCUCGCCUGUCUUCUAGUAGAAGCAGAUGGUUGUGAAAUCGGUAUUGUUGUUGGCGGUUGUCUCGUUGCAGCUUAGUAAACAGCUUUGAAGCGACGCGCAGUCUAGGUGCGUCUGUAACCGCGCACGCAUGCACAAGCGUGUCAGCCAGUGCUGUGCAGCACGUAUUUCAGAUGUGGUGGAGCUCUACGGGACAGGGGCGGGCUUAGCAGGUCAGACCGUCGCGUUCAUGGAUUUCUAAAGUAAACCCAACUUAGUUCCUGAAAAGGGAAAUUUUUGUUGCUUCAGCCGAAACAAUAAAAGGAUCCAAAACUGCUCACGAUGAGCAGGUAUAGAAGAGGAAACGCGUCGUGUCACAUGUCCAGCUGAAGGGUCGCUUCGGUCCUCCGAGUCACCGCGGCCCAGCGGGUUUCUGGCUUUUAGGCCUCGGCUGCUUCCUCAACUUUGAUCUCAUUGUCUUCCAUACCUGGUGGUGCUGCUGAGGAAGUCUGCGGAUGCCAAAGUAAAAGUCUUUGUCAUGUCUGAACUAAACAACCCGACAGCAUUUUUCUCUCCAUCCUGAGAUUCUGCUGCGUUGUGUGAAAGUGAAGCCAGAGUCAAAAGAAGCCAUGUUGAAAUGUUUAAAGGGGCAUUAUGGAAGUUUGACAGCCAAAACAUGUAUAGAAAUAAUAAAUGUCUUCUUCAUUCAUUCUCCUGCAAUGCCCUGGUCCUGUAGAAUGAGCCCUGGCAUUUUUACUGUGAUUGCCUGUUUUUCUGUAAAAUCACAGAAAAAGGGAGAUGCUCGGGCCGAGCAGGCUGCUUCAUGCGCGUUCACGCUCACGCAUCGCCCUCCGAACCAUUCUUUGAACGUUAUUUCAGCUGUCAUCAAGGAUAUAAACGUUACAGAUGCAGAAGAUGCCACUGGUGAUUUAGCUCGCCUAGUAAAGUUUUGGGCUUUCGUGAUGAAGACCCGGCUUCGAUUCUCGACAUGAACGUGGCUGAUUCAGAAUUUUGUUUUUACAUUAAUGGUAUAUUUUUUUACAGUAAGAUGCCCAAAUUUUUAUUUGAGACUCGCCGAGUGGCAUUGAAUUCACAGAUAAAAAAGAUGUGGGUUCAACUUUCAUUUUGGAACAAUUUUUCAAGCAAGGGAAGGGAAUGAUCUGAGCAUGCAGGAGGACUGACCCAUCAUAAACCUUUGUCGCUGUGCUGAAGAGAAAGGUACAGAACCAAAUUAUUUCAUUAAUUAGCUGCACGUUCUCCUGUCCUCUGUCCUCCGGGCCACACACACACACACACACACAUGCA